CUGAAAAGGAGGUUCCCUUUAACAGCACGAGACAGAAAUUGGGUAAAACUGUUGCAAAGGAGGAGUGUUAUUUGACAGUUGCAAAUAGGAAAGCCAUGACUUUUGUUUUUUGGCCAAGGUAUGUGGAAUAUCAGCUCGAUAAAGUUGGGAUUUUUGUUAAUCUCUUUACUUAUUCUCGCAACAACUACCUGGAUAAUGAUCUCUCGUGCUGGCCUAACCCAAUGUCAUAGUGGGCCAAAAUGUAUCUGUCCAGAUGUGAAAAGUCCUUCGGCUGAACAACGCGAAGAUUUUGGUUCGGGUGUCGAACCGAAAAAAGUAGAACUAGCAAAGGAAAUUGAAAAAUGUAAAGAAGAUAAAAGAGAGCUGAGAGAGAGGCUUGACUGGGAGAUUUCACGGUCAGACUCUAGAAACAGCGAAGAUUCCGAACAGAAAGAAGGAAUCAAAAGCUACAGCGAAGUGCAAAUUAUCGUUGAUAAUAAAAGGAAGGUUAACGGUUUAAGGGACAGUCAAGAAGUUUAUGUACCAUUUUCCUUUAUAAAAGAGCAUUUUGAAAUACAAGGGGAUUAUAGUCGAGAGGAUAAUGGUGUUUUUGAAUGGAAGCAUGCAGUUAUUAAAAGGUGGACUAUACCAAAUAAAUACCUUGCCACAGGGGAAUAUGUUGGGCUCUCACAAGCAAAUGUAGAAAGAAGAAAAAGGGUCAAGUGCAUAGAUGGGAUGUAUGAAGUGCCAGUUACAACUCAGUGGAAUAAAAAUGGAUACUUUUAUGCUACUCAGAUUGCACAAUAUGGUUUGGCUCACUACAGCAAAUUUUUAAUUGAAAAAGAUGGAAAGGACAGUGUUGUCCUUCAAAGUGAGAAAAGCCUUGGUAACUGGGCAGAAUCAAGUGUUGUGAAAAUGGUUACAGAUGAGGUUACAGGAAGAACUGUCACAUAUUUUGAUGGCAAAGCAAGUAUAAAUAUCCCAAAAGCUACAAUUGGAAAUGGGCACAUUAUUCUUUCUUUUGACAUGAGUUGGCAGGCAGGAUGCAGCCUCACAGUCAAGUUGAAGACAAAAUCAGAAAAUUCUAUAUUUAUUAAUUACAUUUACACUAACGAUUUAAUUUAUUCAAAUUAUCCAAAUAUAUACAUUGGCCUUGGUGUUUCAAGUGUGUGGAGAAAAGUCACCCGCGACAUAAAGGUAGAUUUUUAUAAAGGAGUUGCACUUUUCAAGAAUUUGAAAGCCAGGCAGACUCACUUUUUGGGUAUACAAAAGAUUUCACUACUUGGUUCAGGGCAUAUUGGAAAUCUGACAAUGUCGACUUCAGCUCAUGUGACUAUGUUUAUGAACGCCGCGAACUGGUUGUUGCAGUUCCAGGACAAAGACGGGGGAUGGCCAGUGAAUUGCACAAGGAAAAUUAUUCCGGGUGCUGUGUCUCCUCCAGGUUGGCAUUCAUCAAUGGGAUCUGGCCAGGCUAUUUCGUUGCUUUGUCGUGUGUAUGCAUAUACAAAAGAACCCAAAUACUUGGACGCUGCUCGUCGUGCCCUCAAGCUCUUUAACACAUCAGUGGAAGAUAAUGGGUUCGUAUCGACUGUUUUUGGUGGCUAUAAAAUGUUUGAGGAAUAUCCAACAAAACCUUCAUUUCAUGUUCUUAAUGGCUUCAUCUUCUCGCUGAUUGGGUUAUUUGAUUUAAUCCAAACUGAUCCUAGGAAUAAUGUCGCUAAUGAGCAUUUUAAACAAGGUCUCGAUACUCUUUUGUUUAUUCUGCCCAUGUACGACAAUGGCCAGGGAACGUUUUACGAUUUGCGGCACAUUGCUAUGCCGGGGGUUGAGCCGGACCGCGCCAGAUGGGAGUACCACGCAGUACAUUUAGGUCAGCUGGAACUCAUGAAGCGAAUUGUUGAAAACCCUGUUUUUGAUAAGAUUUUGCGGAGAUGGAACGGAUAUGUCGAAGGCAUUCCAGCCAGACAUAAUUGAGACUUUGAGAUAUGUAAAUCAUCGCAGUAUAGCUCAGAAGGAGAAUCGUGUACGCAAUGCUGUAUCUGCCCAAGUUUUUCAUGGAUUGGUCCACAAAAAAGUUAAGUUGGGUCCUUAAAAUUGUUGUUAUAUCUGUACGGAUGCUAUCAUCCAUAAGUUCUGCUUUUCUCGACCCAUCACCUCCCUUUUUCCACUGGUAGAAAAAAAAUUCCCGUUGCUAAGUAACUGAUUUUGUAAGUUGUUGUUUUGUUAUUGUUAUUCUUGUAGUUAUUAUUUCUAAACAAAUCUAAUAACAUGUCAUAAUUAUUGUUUUCAUAAAAUGAUGAACUAGCUAAUUUUUUGAAUAGAUAUAUACCAUCGUCUUUGUAAGCUAAGUUUUUAGGGUAAAUAUUCAUUUUGCAGCCGUGUAGACUUUUUUGUAGAAUCUAUAAAUGCUGUUUUUCUCAAAAGUUUCAUUAAAAGCUCCAAACUGUUUAUUUUUUGACGUGCAUAUAUUAUUUUAUAUUUUUAUGUUUCAUUUCAAAUUUUUGCACUAAUUUACCAAAAUUGUCUGAAUCUAAUAUCUGAAAUAGUUGCCAAUUUCCUUGGUGCGUUCGUCUUUUCUAUUCAGAAAGUAUUUUAACAAUUUAUCGCACAUAUGUAAAAUAAGUACAUAUGUAAAGCUAUCUGUAAUUCCAGGCAUAGAAAUCAUGAGGUGCGGUCUCAUCGAGAGGAAGGACCAGGUCACUGCUCGAUAAGCGUAAGCUUCUCAGUGUCCUAAAAACUACCUUCGGAUGCUAGGUAGAAACAAAUACAAAAAAUACAUAUGUAGAAUACUAUAUCUGUUCCUUAGUGCAGCCAUCUACGAAAGUCACCCAUGGUGUUGUUAAGAUUUCUGGGAGCAAGCUACCUCGAGGGAAUAGCGAUGAGUGCACAGGGGGGCAUGCUUCCCCAAACGUCAUUCCUUGUUGGGAUUAUAGAUUUCUAAACUCUAUUUUUGUAGAAAGCCUUAGGAAAAAAAUCUUGUAGAAACAUUCCUAUGUCUCCAUUGAACCUACAGACAACCUAUAUCAAACAGAUAUUGUUGUUUUUAAUUGGUAACGCCUAUGGUGAACAAGAACAGACCACCCCUCGCUGCCCUCGUGAAAUUUAGCAAGCGAAAGGAAAGGAAUAAACUAACAAUAUUAAAAAUAUUAUACAACUUAGCUACUUAGUUUUAAUGAUGAUAAAUAUCAAUUGAAAGGAUAAACAGUUAUCGUAUUUGAAAAUGGCUUUGAAAAAAGCAAACAUUUAGUAAACUAUUUUUGGAAUCAGUUUUGGAAUCUAUCUACACAAGCACGAAAAACCGCUACUGUGUAGACAAAAGGAGUUCGUUUUCACCUUAGGAUUCCAUUGGUAAUAUUCUCAAUAGGCAAGCGGCACUGAUUGGUCAACCUCAACAGUCAUGGCUCGUGUUUCUGAUUGGCCUAUUUCGAUCCACAACUGGGUAUAUAUAUAUAUUUCCUAGCGUAGAGUUUUCGGUCUAUGUUCUGACGUUUUAAACUCUGAAGAGUGUCAGACGAAAAGCUUUAGUUUACUAAAUGUUUGCUUUUUUCAAAGCCAUUUUCAAAUUUUGUACCACCAAAAGAUAGUUAUCGUAUCAUCGUUACCUGUAUCCAAAGUUUUGCCACUGUAUCAUUCUCCAUAAGGUUUCCGUGGUACAAUCAAUCAUCAUGUUUCCAGAAACAUUUCGAUGUAUUGUAAUAAUAUUUAUCUGCUCUGCUAAA